AUGCGACCCGAGUUUGAUUCUGCCAGGUUGUUUGAUGUGUAUUUUACUCAUUGUGAUUUAGUUGAUGAUGUGUUUACAGUGAGCUACAUGGCUGAGCGCAUUGUAGGUCAAGCUGCCUGUGGUGUUGCUUUCCACGCGCUGCACAUUACCCAUUGCUUGAAGCUUCAUAUCGAUGGAGCUCGCAUCUUCCAUGCGUCUGCGGCACUUGGAGUUCUUGUAGAUAGACUCGUGAAAGCUGCUGAUUCAGUUUUGGUAUGCCUAUCGAAAGGGUUAGGCGCACCUGUCGGAUCAGUGAUUGUUGGUUUAAAGGCCUUCAUUGACAAGGCCAGAAUUCUCCGAAAGACCCUAGGCGGUGGAAUGAGACAGGUGGGAGUUCUUUGUGCUGCUGCUCAUGUUGCCGUUCGUGACACUGUGGGAAAGCUUGCGGAUGACCACAAAAAUGCUAAAGCUUUGGCAGAGGGACUGAAGAAAAUCGAGCAGAUUACAGUGGACUCAGCUUCAGUCGAGACCAAUAUGGUAUUCUUUGAGGUCAUGGAUCCAAGAAUAUCACCUGACAAACUGUGUCAAGUCUUGGAACAGCACAACGUGCUUGCAAUGCCAGCCAAUUUAACACAUCAUCUCUCAUUGUUCUAGUUGAGCAUGAUGAUCUUGGUAGUUGUGUGAGUUUGCUAUUUUUCAUUAGUAGAUCUGUGUACCUUAUC